AUGGUUAAACUGAGAAUGGACACAAAACGAGCUUUCAGGAUAUUGAUACUUCUCUGUGAAUGCUUGUUCCAUUUUGUUAUUUGUGAAAAUAAACUGCGUUGGGAAAAGUUAUCUUUAAAUGGAACUGGGCCUGAACCUAAUGCUCGAAAAGAUGCUGCUCUGGCUUUCGAUCCGAAACGAAGUACUGUUGUGUUAUUUGGAGGAAGAUCUAAAAGCGAGGUGUACUCUGAUACUUGGCUUUUUGAUUUAAAACAGAAAAGCUGGAAAUGGGUAAACGACACAGUUAUCGACCUCGAGAUAAUACCUGGACCAAGAUUUGGAACAGUUCAUGGAACAGAUGGUGAUAGAUUCAUAAUAGCUUUUGGUAGCAGAGAUUUUUCUAACUCUUUGUCAAAUGAGGUAUUCCAGUAUGACUUCAACUCGUCCAAAUGGAGUCGUGUCUGGGUGAAAACAGGUGAUCCCGAUAGUCGGUUUUUGGCGAAUGGUGGGGUUUUCAAUGGCAGUCUAUUUGUCAGUCAUGGGUACGGAAUCUCAGGCAUAUUGUCGGAUGUUGAAAAGCUUGAUUUCAGGAGACAAACUUGGGAAACUUUGCAUGAAUGCGUUAACCAGUACAACCCUGUUUUGCCUCAUGCAAGAUACGCCCAAAGCAGUGUUUUGCUUCCUGACAGAAAGAUUCUAAUGUUUGGAGGUUGUCUCAGGUAA